UGCUACUUCUCGGCGCGGCGAUUCCCCCCCGGGCCGGGCCCCCGCCGUCCCGCGUUCCCCGGAGCGCACGUCUCCGGGGGGAGGGAGCAGGGCUGGUGGGCGCCCGCGGCGCACAGCGGGACCCACGGGGCCCCGCGACCCGCCGAGCCUGGAGCCGGGCCGGGGCGGGGCAGCCGGCUCCAGCCCGGAGCAAACUUCGCCGCCGGGCGGGGCGUGGCGGGGACCCGGGCCCGAGCCGGAGGAGGGGGCGGCCGCGGCCCCCGCCUCUGCGCGCGAGUCUCCCGGCACCAUGCUGUCGGGCUCUCCCGGCCAGACCCCGCCGGCGCCGUUCCCCAGCCCGCCGCCGCCCGCCCCGGCCCAGCCGCCGCCGCCGUUCCCCCAGUUCCACGUCAAGUCGGGCCUGCAGAUCCGAAAGAACGCCAUCACGGAUGACUACAAGGUCACCAGCCAGGUGCUGGGCCUGGGCAUCAAUGGGAAGGUGCUGCGGAUCUUCGACAAGAGAACCCAGCAAAAAUUCGCCCUGAAGAUGCUCCAGGACUGUCCGAAGGCACGCAGAGAGGUGGAGCUGCACUGGAGGGCCUCCCAGUGCCCACACAUCGUGCACAUCGUGGAUGUCUACGAGAACCUGUACGCAGGGAGGAAGUGUCUGCUGAUCGUCAUGGAGUGUCUCGAUGGUGGAGAGCUCUUUAGUCGAAUCCAGGACCGAGGAGACCAGGCAUUCACAGAAAGAGAAGCGUCGGAAAUCAUGAAGAGCAUUGGUGAGGCCAUCCAGUAUUUGCACUCGAUCAACAUUGCUCAUCGGGAUGUCAAGCCUGAGAACCUCUUAUAUACUUCCAAAAGGCCCAAUGCCAUUCUGAAACUCACCGAUUUUGGCUUUGCCAAGGAAACCACCAGUCACAACUCUCUGACCACUCCGUGUUAUACACCAUACUAUGUAGCUCCAGAAGUGCUGGGCCCAGAGAAGUAUGACAAAUCCUGUGACAUGUGGUCCUUGGGUGUCAUCAUGUACAUUCUGCUGUGUGGGUACCCCCCUUUCUAUUCCAAUCAUGGCCUUGCCAUCUCUCCGGGUAUGAAGACUCGUAUCCGAAUGGGCCAGUAUGAAUUUCCUAACCCAGAAUGGUCAGAAGUAUCAGAAGAAGUGAAGAUGCUUAUCCGGAAUCUGCUGAAAACAGAGCCUACCCAGAGAAUGACCAUCACAGAAUUCAUGAACCACCCCUGGAUCAUGCAAUCUACGAAGGUCCCUCAAACCCCACUGCACACCAGCCGUGUCCUGAAGGAGGACAAGGAGCGGUGGGAGGAUGUCAAGGAGGAGAUGACCAGUGCCUUGGCCACGAUGCGUGUUGACUAUGAGCAGAUCAAGAUAAAGAAGAUCGAAGAUGCAUCCAACCCUCUGCUUCUGAAGAGGCGGAAGAAAGCUCGUGCUGUGGAGGCCGCGGCCCACUGAGCCGCUCCGUUUCCCGCCCCACUGGAGGACAAGCAAUAACUCUACAUGGAUAUAUUUUUGAAGCAAAGAGACACGAGUUGCUCACUGCUGCCUCCUGUCCUGGGCUACAUGGAGCCCAGAUAUGCCUCUGGCUGAGUUCUGCCCUUGGCUCUGGCCUCCCUCGAGAGGGGCUGGAGGAGGAUGUGUGAGGAGGGGUGAGGUGCUCUCCAGCCCACGCUCCUUUUACAUUUUAUCUGUAAUUUGACGUAGAAUUUUUAUGGAACCUCUUUUAUUGUCCUUUUCCUGCUCCUCAUCUUUUCCCUGACCCAUUCCUGUCUGCAAAGGCUGGGUUCACCUGAGGGUGUUGUGGAAGUUGUUACAGGGAGUGUCCCUGGCUGGUCCCAUCUGUCCUCUCUGGCCUCCUGCUGUAACCUGGGGUCCCCACUGGCUCUAGAAUCUGGGGGCUCCGGGGAGAGUGGGGAGGAACGUGCCUCUUGCCUCCUGCUGAAGCCCCAGACAUCACCAGUGUGCACAACAGAGGAGUAAGUGUGUGCAUGUGUGUAUGCCCAGGCCCGUGCCAGUGACUGGGCGGGCAUUGGAGGGUCUAGGGAAGGCAGGGCUGCAGGGACUCCUGCUUGAACUGAGCCUGCCUAAAUGCCUACAUAGCUUGUCUAGAUCCUGAGCCAGGUAGUCAUGGCCUCUGUGUUAGCUGGGCAGGGGAGGCAGCAAGGGGUGAGUGGACACUAGCAGCCAUCAGGAGGACUGGGCCCUCUCAGGAUGCCCUGUCCACAAGUAGUGCUGGUCCUAGGUCCCUGAGGCUCUGACCACUGAGUAGCCUCUGCUUGCCCUUCUUGCCAUUAUUAACCCACCCUUGUUGAGUUCUCUGAAAUUUUUAGCCAUUUUUCAAUAGGCUGUCUCUCCGCUCCCAUGGGUGAGCUUGGGAAGGUUAUACUGCAAGGCGUUUGUAUUUCAUGCAUCUUCCCCGAGCUCUGGGGUACCUGCCAACCUCCCUUCUUUGGCAAGGGCAGGGCCAUGUGUGGUCUUCCUGGAUUUCCACCGUAUGGCCUGGUGGGCGGGACAGUCUUCACACCAAAGAUGUCUUGACUCUGUCCCUGCCCACUAGCCACCUUACCCUCUAACAACUCAGCCUGGGUGGGGGCUCCCCAGGAUUGAGGAGGGGCAGGUGGGGAAGAGUCUUUGUGCCAUGGUCCCCCAUGCCCCUCCCCUCUCGCUGGAGGAGGGGUGGCUCCCUCAGGGGUUGGUAGAGGAGGGGUUCCUGGACAUCUCUGGGCUUGGAGGCAGGGCCCAGAUGUCUACAGCUCCUUCCUCGUCUUUGAUGGUGUGUUCAGCACUCAGACUGUUGUAAACUGUUGUUUUGUAUGAGCAAAAUUGUCUUUACUAAACAAAUUUAAUAGUUGAAAGUUUUCAUUCUCUUCCUUUCUGGGGCUCAGGCCCUUGACCUCUUGCCUCUGUCUGCUCUUCCAGAAAGGGCCUUUUGUGGUGGGUGGCAGCGCCCUGGAGGGGCGAAGAGGGCCCCCUUGAUGGAUCAGCGUGGGAAUAGCCCCUCUUAGUUGAGGGCCUGUGAAAGUGAGUGCUGAUCUCUUUGGAGCCAGGGCAGGUGGGUGGGAGAAAUCACUGAAGUGGGUCCCACCCAUGAAGGGUUCCAAUUUUAAAACCAGGGUGGUUGUAAUACCUUAGAUUUCCAGGAGGGAGCAGCACAAGCCAGGCAGAAACAAACGUGCCUGGAGUACCAGUGACCCAGCCUCCUCAGAAACCCUGUGAUGAACUGAGUGUCUCUGGCAGAGUGCAGAGUAGAAGCUGGUUUGCUGACUCCACAGCUUCUGUUCCCAGUCAGGGGAGAAAGGCAGGGGCAGUGUGGUGAGUUGGCCCUACUUGGUGAGUUUACCAACCCAGAGGGGGAGGCCCUGUUACAGUCACAUAGCUGUUGGUUUGGGCUAGAACUCAGGCCUCAAGAUCUCAGGGCCUGGAGUGUUCACUGUCUCCCACUGGCCCUUUCUCUGGAGGACACACUUACCUGCUACCCUAGCCAUCAAAGGGCUUGUGUCUCGGCCACUCCCCUGAGAGCACUCAUUACCCAGAGAGUCAUCCAGCAGGCACUCUUGCUUUAAAGGAACUCUGUCUACACUUAACAAGGCUGUCAGAGUGAAGCCUGCCGCCUGAGUUACAGGCUUGAGAAGGUGCCUCUGUAGCUGGGAUAAAUGUAGUGGCACAGAAUAUGGCUAUUACUUGAUGGCUGUGUAGGGGGGAAGCCUGGUAGAGCCUCACUGUGCUUACAGGGCUCUGCAGAACCACAUUCUAUUGUGCCUUUCCCAGAGAUGGCUGCCUUCCUUGGCUCGGGGCCCCUUCUCUGUCUUUCGAGUCAGCCACUUUGUAUCUCUCCUGUCCUUGUGUUGUGCUCUCUCUGACACUGCCUGAAGGAUUUCCCUGAGGACCAGUCUGAUGAGAUUGGGCUAGCCCAGGGCUAGCCCAGGGAGCCGGUUACUAAGACUUUAACCUUUUUUCCAUCUGCGAAGUCCUUUGUGCUGUGGAUGCUGAUAUGUCUGCUGGGCCAGGAAUAGCGUGGACUUCUUUGGGGGCCACUGUUCUGCUCCAGAGGGCUGUCUCAGAGUCUCCUCAUCUCAGGGCACCAGGACUAUUUGCCCCUGCGUUUUGCUUUCUCCCGGUCCAGCUGACAAGGUCUGAUACUGCCUUCCAAGGAAGAAGACUACACAAAGGUGGAAGGUCUGGCCACGCCUCUGUUACCCCCACCUCACU